AUCCAACGGUUGGUCGCCAACGCAGAGCGUGAUUCGCAGUCGCUUAAGGUUGAGAACAUGGGUUUGCUUUUCUCCUUCUUUGAAUAUUAUUGGGACACAGAACAUCAUAAUCACUUCACCAACAUCAAACUACUGUAGUACCAACAAGAACAAAACUAGGUUUCGAGGUGCCUGGUGGUAUAUCUUCUUCCAAAACCAUGGGUGCAGAUGAGACUAGUACCCCAUCGCUGGAUCAUAGCGAUAUCGACCAUAUGAUGAUGGUUGCUGAGGAGGAGUCACUUGACUUGAGUAGAAGAAAGAGGAAACUGCCAGCUGAAGAAUCAGACUUGUUACCCUUACCGAAACACUUUUGUCUGGAGCAACAACAAGCUUCGCUUCCUGAUUCUUCAUCUCCAUCCUCAGAUAUAGAAUCGGCGGAAUGUUCUUAUGCUAUGGAAGACACAAAAACCGGAGAUGAGACCUCUUCUUCCUCUGCAUCUGUGUGCAUGUCUAAAGACUCUUGUUAUUCAACCGGAAGUUCAAGUUGGAGUUCUGGUUAUGCAACAUCAAGCACAGAUCAAUGCUGUUCCAAAGGUAAUGACAAAAUUCAAGAAUAUGUUGAAGACAUGGAGUUAUUUUGUCCAGAGUUUGCUGCUGAAGAGCUUCGAAGCUGUGAAGAUUCAAAUGUAGAAGGGUCUUACACUCUUUCUUCUGCACGGUGGAGUGUUAGCAACCAAGAAUCGGAGGAAGCUACGAAGAAACCAACCAUUGAUCAAGAGUUUGAGGAGUAUUUUUCAACACUUAUGAUGUAAACAUCAAAGGCACUACAUCGCUGCAAUGUUAUGUAAAUAUAGUUCACAUUGGUUCUGUUUUAGAAGAAACACAUAAACAUAAGAGCAUUACAAUGUUUCACGUUGUCUUGUUCAAUAUUUAUGAUUACUCGAGUUUCUUUCUCA